CGACUCGCGCCUCAUUUGACGCUCCACCCUCCGCACGCGGAGAGAUCGAUCCGCAAGAACGUUCCGGUUCUCUCUCGUGUUUUCUCAUUAUUUCCUUCUCCUCUUUCAGUUCCCUUAUCAUCUUACGCGGAUUAGAUUCUUACGCGGCCGAUCCAAUAUUAAUGUGAACGCGGAUUCUUAUUAAUCCUUUCUGGAGUCUGGGGAUCUUGAUCACGGACUUUGUGUGUCAAAACAUAUAUCAAGCAAGAAUGUUUCGUUUGAUGAUGCAAAAAUUGGCAUCUCUUUACAAACCUUACGCGUUGGCUAUAUUGUCGAUCGGCUAUGUCCUAGCAGAAUUAGGUCAUUUUGUAAUAGGUGUAACGAGCAAAGAGAUCGCCAAGGACCUGCAUUAUGGCGAUAUUUCCUGCCAAUUUAAUUCGAAGACGUUAUGGCUAGUCGACCUUCCGGUGCAAUGCGAAGUUGCAAAGAAUUCCACCUACUGCGAGUCCCUGGAAUUGAACGGAUCUUAUUACUGCGAAUGGAAUUACAAUGGCCUCGGUCUGGACUAUCAAAUCUUGGCGGGGCCUAGCUUCAUCGCGAUCUAUACGAUCGUCGGUAUUAUCUUGGGCAUUGCGGCUGACAGAUAUAACAGAGUGAGGCUGCUGGCGAUUUGCACUCUGGUAUUCAGCAUCGCGAUCUUCCUGAGCGGGACGGUGAAGGAAUAUUGGCAGCUUCUUAUUCUGCGAAUGGUCCUGGCGGCGGGGGAGGCAGGAUGCAAUCCGAUGGCGACUGGUCUUCUGUCCGACUGGUUCGAGGAACAGCAACGAGGCCUCGUCAUGUCCAUUUUUAAUUGGGGCAUUUACGGCGGUUACGGCAUUGCCUUUCCGGUCGGUCGCUACAUACCCGAACUAAACGUCUGGGAUCUGGGAUGGAGAGUCUGUUAUUACGGUGCCGGUGUGAUCGGUUUAAUCAUCGCUGUUCUCACCGGUUUGACGCUCACCGAGCCGGAGAGAAAAAUGAUCGGCGAAGAAGCCAAUGACGGAAAGCAAGUAUCGAUUUGGAAAGUGCUACUGCAACCGCGCAUUAUUCUCUUAUGCCUCGCCGCCAGCAUCAGACAUUGCGGUGGCUUGUGCUUCGCUUACAAUUGUGAUCUGUACUAUAGGGAAUACUUCCCAGAUUAUGAUCUCGGUUGGUGGCUUUUCGCUGUCACGAUUGUCAUCGGCAGCAUCGGUGUCGUGGCCGGCGGGAUAAUUAGCGACAAGUUUGUGGCGAAAAUGGGAAUUCGAUCACGCGUAGCUUGUUUGACGAUCAGUCAAAUAAUUGCGACGCCGUUUGCAUUCGGUUCGGUAUACUUUAAUCCUCUUUGGGCUAUGAUCACACUGGGAAUCUCUUACUUCUUCGCCGAAAUGUGGUUUGGAAUACUGUUCGCUAUUGUGGUGGAGAUCGUUCCUUUAAAUCUGCGAUCGACUACCGUCGGUGUCUUUUUGUUCGUCAUGAAUAACAUUGGCGGAAACCUACCGAUUCUUGUUGAACCCAUCAGAGUAACCAUUGGUUUUCGAGAAUCGUUGUUCAUUUUUUACGCUGGCGCAUAUGGCAUCAGUUCUAUUAUGUUCUUUUUCACUAUGUUUCUAAUGGACGGUUCUGCGGAAGUGAAGAAAACAGCAGACACGGAAAUGACAAAGACUACUUCGUCAGCAUAUGACAAUAGCACAUUUACUAAUGAUGAUGGUCAAUCAACAUUAGAGUUGCCGCGAUUUCCGGCACGAUCGCCAAUCUAUGAACAUUCUCGAUUAUAAGUCGUGAAAAAUUGUUGCUCUAAAGAAUAAGUUGUAAAUAACAUAGUUUUGAGCCAUAUAUAAGCUCAUUGUCAGUACAAAUCGCGUAGUUAUGAUGUUAAUAACUCAUUAACAUUAAUCAGAAAUCAAUUUGAAGAAAAAUGCAAGACGAAAUCGCACGUCGAAAAUCGCAUAUCAAUAAAUAUAACAGUUUUUAUGGUUGAUGGUAAGAAUACAAAGAAAUGUAAGUGCGAUAUUUCUUUUGCGUUUUUCGUUGAUGAGUUAAAGUUCCUCGCGUCGAAGUGAGAUUUAUGAAAUUGUACGAACGCGUUAAGCAACAGCUGCGAUAAUUAAGGAUCCUGUUUUAUUUAUAUUUAAUGUGUUGCAACAUAUGAACAUACGGCGAAUUACAUAAGUUACAUAAGA